GUUUGACCAAGAUUGGAUUGUAUCACGCUUGUUCCGACUAUUCGGCGAAUCAUUUACGGCCAGAGGUAGUACUACCGGUAGCGGCCGGAGGCUGCGGGAUGUGACGACAUAGUUACGAGGAAGCUUCUCGAGCUCAACCUGAAGGUACCUCGAUUUUAAAGCCUGUUGAGAUUCCCCGGUUCCAUUCUUGAAGGCCAGGAUACUUGUUCUCUUUCCCAGUCCAAUUGAUAUCUCAAACAUUUACAUAUCCCUCGAAUCAUAAUCAUUCAUCAUGUCCGAAUCAUUAGCUGCCUUCAGAGACAAGCGAAGUGCCGAUCUCCGUCGCCUCGCGGAAGAGCACCUUCAACAUGACUUAAAUCAAUCCGAUCGUGACACCUUGAAGAGUGCAGGUGGAAAAGUGUCACAACAUGCAGGCAUUGGUUCACUGCUCGGCCUGGGACUCGGCGUGUAUUGCGCCUUUCGAUUGCGCAACAUGAGGCUUGCGUACUUCAAUGCAUUCCGAGCCAUGGAGAAGCCGGUGGAGAUCAAAUUCGCCGAUGGACGAACUCAGCCAGUACCCGACAUCACGGAGCAGAUCAAGCCAUCCAAGUGGGCGGAUGCCGCGUCGUAUUUCUUCUUUUCUCUGGGAGGGCUCUUUCUCGGCGGAGAGGCAGGUCUGCUGAGUGGGACUGCGUCCGCAUCACGCACAAUUGCCAAAGACCCUCAAGCGAGGGAGCGCAUCGAGAAGGCGUUCAGGAAUUACCGGAUAGAUGCGAUGAAGCAGGAGAUACAGAACAUGGAAGGGAAGAGCCGUAUUGCAAACUUCUUCGAGUAACGACUACUAUAGAGCUUGUGAGCUUGACGUAUGUAAUACUAUCUGUAUGGAGUACCAGUAUGCACUAAAUGGGAUGCAAUGGUGUAGAUUGGAUGUGAACGUCUUGUAAUGUGUAAAUAACCCCAAGAAAUGGAUUAUCAUAAUAACGAUAGAGGUUUGCUUUCCCAACAAUC